AUGCCCUCAACACUGCUGCUCUCAGCAGCCUUCUCCGACGAACUGCUAGCCUCAGCGCUGCUGCUCUCAGCGGGCUUGUUAGACGAGCUGCUAGACUCUACACUGCUGCUCUCAACGGCCUUCUCAGACGAACUUAUGCCCUCAACACUGCUUCUUUCAGCGGCCUUCUCCGACGAACUGCUAGCCUCAGCGAUGCUGCUCUCAGCGGGUUUCUCAGACGAGGUGAGAAGCGAAUUAUCAGCGAAGUCAGUUUUGUCAGGUCCAUUUUCUAGUUCGAUGGCAGCAAUGUGCGAGCGUGGGUGUGUGGUGAUUUCAGUGCGGUCAUUGUGUUCCGCCUGUGGGGUGUUUAAUAGCUGGUGA